GAAUAUCCUCGACCAUCUUCAGCUUUUUCGAGCUACGCACCAGCUCCGCUUCGCCUAGACUGCUCAUCCCGCCUCCAAGAGCUCACGAUCACCAUCGUCACCACCACUUCAACCAGCACAACCAUGUCUCAAAUACACGCCAUGUCGGACGAUCAAGUCAACACCGAGCUUCGCAAGAUGACUGCCUUCAUCCGCCAGGAGGCUUUGGAGAAGGCGCGCGAGAUCCACCUCAAAGCGGAUGAGGAGUUCAGCAUUGAGAAGUCGAAGCUCGUUCGCUCAGAGACAUCUCGGAUGGACACGGAGUACGAGAAGAAGUUCACUCAAGCCGGCAUGAGCCAGCAGAUUACAAAGUCCACACUCGCCAACAAGCAGCGACUGCGCAUUCUGAGUGCGAGACAAGAGCUGCUCGACUCGCUGUUUGAGGAUGCCAACAAGAAGCUUGCGGAUACAGCUUCAAAGGACAAGAAGAAGUACGAGAAGGUGCUCAGCAAUUUGAUCUUGGAGGGACUAUACGCAUUGGUGAACGAGAAGAAGGUCACGCUCAAGUGCAGGAAGAAGGAUGACGAUGUGGUGAAGAAGGCUGCGGACAGUGCGAAGGAGGAGUACAAGAAGAACAUGAAACGUGAGGUGGACAUUCAGCUUGAUUCGGACAAGAUCCCAGAUCAGUCCGCCGGAGGUGUCAUCAUCCUCAACAGCACAGGCAAGAUUGACGUCAACAACACGUUCGAAGAGCGACUGCGCCUGCUCGAGAGCGACGCUCUACCUACCGUUCGCGCGACGUUGUUUGGCGAGAACAAGAACAGGAAAUUCCGCGAUUAGGAGGAAGGUCUCGGAAGUGGAGACGAUGUAUCAUAAUCGCGAUCGAGAUAUUUGCUGACAUGGCUUG